AUUUUCAGAUGAAGGUCAGUUAUCAGAUUCACCAAUGCCCCUACAGUUAGGUAAUAAUGAAGCAAUAGAAUACACUAUUCUGAAGAAGCAGUGUAGCUCAGGACAGGCCCCUUCACCAGCUUUUGACCAGGCUCAGGAAGGAACUGAUUGUUCCAUUUCUAGCAAAGUGUCCACAAGUGAAGGACCUACUUCUCCUUGCCGAACGGGGCUGUCAGCUCUUGCCAGGAGAUGUCAGCAGAUGAGGGAGUGGGAGGAUGACUACACAUAUCAUUCUACCAAUCAUGGCUCUCAGGUAGUGGUAGAGGGUAGCCCAGCUUUCUCUGCUUCACAAAUGCAUGGCCAACACAAGAUUAUGCAUGAGCCGAGUUCAUCUAGAAUGGUAACAUUGCAUGGAGCAACAUCACAAGUAGUGGGUUGCACAUCAGUAUCAUCCAGUGGUUUGCAGAGUUCUAUUUGCUCUGGUGAUUCAGCAACCAACUUAGACACAAAGCCCAAAUACUUCUUUGGUGAUGGUCCUGUAGGUAUGGUUCAGGGUGCAGGUGGUGGGUCUCUGGCUGUCUCUGCUGCCUCAAGCAUGACACCAUCCUGCAAUAUUCCUAGUUCCUAUGCUCGUGCAUCCUCUCAGUCCAAGUAUGCCUCAGAGUCAGAGCUGUCAAGAGCCAAGCAAAUUUUGUCACAGACAGAGAGCCCUGGCUCUCCAACCAAAAAGUUAAACUGGGACAGAGGACUCCUUAAUUCUCUGGAAACAGUAAAUGAUGACUUGCAAAACAUAUUGGAAGCACAAGGUUUUACUCCAACUGAGUCACGGUCUCGCCUCUAUUAUGACUUUAAGAAAGAAAAGAAGGUGAAGCGAGAUAUCUCUCCAAAGAAGCAAGUGCGAAUGCCACAGGGUGAUGUAGGCUUCUCUAGUCCCACCCAAGCGAAAUGCUUAAGCCUGGCAGACAUUGUGAUGAGCAGCAGUCCAAACAAGGUGAGGAGUCCACUAAAGGAAAGCUUGAACACAACAUCUGCCUGCUUAAGUGCAGCCAAGCCUGCCUCUUCUAGUACUCCGCCAUCGCCGCCGCCUCUUCCACCUGUUGUUGUAUCGUGUCUUCCCAAAAGUCCAUGUUCUAGCCCUGCCAAGCAGCUUUCUUGUGUGUCCAGCCCAAGGCAGAACUCUAGGAAGGUAUGAUAUAUAUAUAUAUUU